AUGUCUCAUAUACCAUUCUUCGGGGUCGAACUAUUCGCGCCAUCCAUAGCCCUAUCAAUUGUCACCGAUAUGUCCAUCACAUCAAGCAUUUUAAUCAUUGGUUCCGUUGUAACCGUUUAUACCUCAUUGGGUGGUCUAAAGGGUGUCAUAUGGACCGACUUCUUCCAGUUCUCUGUAAUGAUGUUCGGACUAAUGGCUGUCGUUAUCAGAGGCGCAAACAUAUCGGGAGGAAUGGCCAACGUUUUCGAGAGGGCUCACGCGGGCGGACGUAUCGAGUUCUGGAACAUGGACUUUGACAUCUAUUCAACAAAUUCAUUUUGGAUCAUAAUACUUGGCUGGACAGUGAUAUACGCGGGCACUUUCAGCACCAAUCAAAUGCAAAUACAACGAAUCAUAUGUAUGCCAAGUCUCGGCGCCGCUAAGAAAGCCCUGUAUUUCGCGACACCCGGUUAUGUACUC